CCAGUAGAGAAAAAAAAUAAAAUCCUGGCCUUUGAUUUGUGUAUAUAUAAAUAUAUAUAUAUUCGACACACGAUGCACAAAGAAAGAGGUUCUCCGACAGGCUUCAAUCCCAUAAUUCUCUGUACUGUACCAACUCUCGAGCACUCUGCUUUCUUCAUUUGCUGAAAAGUGUUAUCUUUAUUUGUUUGGAUUUUAGCCUCACCUUCAUCGGUUAAUUAUAUUUCGAUCAUACUCAUGGAUUCCCCACAAUCAGUCGUGUCGCCGCUUAGAAGCACUUCCAUUUUUCCCGAAUCCGAAAAGCUCGAAAGCCCCACCUUGACUGAAAUCAAUUUCCAACGGAAACAAACCAGAACAGGCGCCAACUUGGACGACUUCAUCGGUGCUUUGGAGGUGUACAUACACCAAGCUAGAGACAUCCACAACAUAUGCAUCUACCAGAAACAAGACGUGUACGCCAAACUCUGCCUCACAAGCGACCCCGAAAAUACCGUCUCCACCAAAAUCAUAAACGGUGGCGGCAGAAACCCAAUCUUCAACGAGAAUCUCAGCCUCAAUGUCCGAAAAGCCGACUCGUCCCUCAAAUGUGAGAUAUGGAUGCUUAGCAGGGUGAGGAACUAUCUCGAAGACCAGCUUCUCGGUUUUGCUUUGGUGCCCAUUUCGGAGAUCCUCCUCGAGAAUGGUAAUAAGUUGGAGAAGGAGUUCUCUCUCUCCUCGACCGAUCUCUUCCACUCGCCUGCCGGAUUUGUCCACCUCUCGGUUUCUUACAUCGGAGCGCCGCCUGAUAUCUUUCACAUUCCCGCUCCGUCGAAAUGUGUGGAGACCGAUUCAGUUGUGCAGGACAGAGAAUCUAUGAAGUCUCUCUCCAAUGACAUGGACAAGAUCGAGUUCCCCGAUCCUAAAGUUGCUAACGAGAAUCACCAGAUGGUCGAGGAGUACUUUUCGCUGCCGUGUGUUGACGUGGAUUCGCAGAACUCAGACAGCUUCGUCAGUUCCGAUACUGAGAAUCAGCACCCGAAGAUCGAUUCUCCUCAUAGCAGUGCAUCGGAAAACGGGACUUCGUCUGCUUCUGCUCCUGUGAGUUUCGAGUCUUCCGACACUCCAAAAGAUUCGAAAUCUACCAAAGAGGGACAUGAUUCGCCUCCUAAAGAUAAUUCCAAGGAAAAAAGUGCUGCUGAGAGUAAUGCUUCGUGUGGGCUUUCGAGUGAUACGAUUAUGAAGCCUCUUGUGAGUGUGAACAUCGAGCCGGAGCCGAAGAUGGUUCAGCAAGACAUAGUGGAUAUGUACAUGAAAAGCAUGCAACAAUUCACAGAGUCGUUGGCCAAAAUGAAGCUCCCGAUGGACUUUGAAAACGGGCCCACAAGCUCGGAAAAUUCGACUAGUUCGGAUCCGAAAUCGCCAGCUUCCAAGAACUCUGGUUCUCGAGUAUUUUACGGGAGUAGAGCUUUCUUCUGAGCACACAGGUGACUUUAGUGAUUUAGAAACGAAGACUGAUGAUUAGUAGUAGUAGCACUGUUAUGUACUGUGUAACCUGGUGUUUUGUUGUGUAUUGUAUCUGGUUGUGUUUUUUUUUUAGAUGAUGAACAAAAAGAUCUUGACUUUGUGGGCCCUCAUUUCGUCUGAGGUACCUUGUAAUGUAAUAUCUAAGACCAUCUGCUCUUAAUCGUUCCCCAUUUACUUGUUAGUCUUUUAAUUGGUUUGUAAUAAUUGUGUUUAUCGAGACACUAAUUAUGUAACUUUGAAGUUCUUGAAUU